AUGCUAGGAGCGUGCGUACACACACACACACACAUACACACAGUCAUAUCACACUGACCAAGAGGAACCGGCAAUAAUCACUCACAGAUGCUCAUGACUAGAUCAGGCGUGACUGAGGAUUUAUUGUGCCUAUCGCGUUCCCUCCAGUCUGUCAUCUGAGCUGCACUUUAGACUCCUGUGUUUUCAGGAAGGGAUUUAUCUCCCAGCUCCACACGCCCGGCUCUCUUUCCUCCUGCCAGCCCGGCGCCGCAACAGGGUUCAGCGCUGCUCCAGUCUUAACAGAGGAUUCCUUCCAAAUACCAACGAAGACUGACAGCUUAAUCACCAUGACCCUAAAGUCCAACAAGAGCGAGCCCCUUGGACCCUUUGCUGUCUUCGAGAGUAUUAACAGUUGCCGGACCCCACUGUCUGAUCUGUAUCUGGAGCAGCUACUGCAGACCAAAGGCAAGCCGGAGGGUUACAUGCUGACCCGUGCUGGUGCUGCCCAGGAAGUCUACAGUAAUGGCAGUACCAACUCUUCCCCUUACAUGAAUGGUAACAGUAAAGAACACGAGGUGCAGAACAUGAAGAAAAUCCAAAUGAUUACGUUCCAGAAAAGUACAAAUGAACCAAUGGGAAUUACUCUGAAACUGAAUGACCAUGGACGUUGUGUCGUUGGAAGGAUACUACAUGGAGGGAUGAUUCAUAGACAAGGCACACUCCAUGUCGGUGAUGAAAUUCUAGAAAUAAAUGGCAAAAGUGCUGCAAAUCAAACAGUGGAACAACUGCAGUUGCUGCUGAAGGAAAUGAUGGGAACUGUCACUUUACAGGUUCAGUCCAGCUACCAUUGCAACCCUCUGUCCUUUGAGAUGUACAUGCGAGCUCAGUUUGAUUAUGACCCAAAGAAGGACGAUCUGAUCCCCUGCAAGGAAGCUGGAUUAAGUUUUGAGACUGGUGACAUUAUCAAGAUAAUCAGUAAGGAUGAUCCCAACUGGUGGCAAGGCACACUGGAAAAUACAGGCAAAACCACUGGACUGAUUCCCUCUCCCGAGCUGCAGGAAUGGCGUGUGGCUAAUAGGAAUACAGCAAAUCAGGAUGUGACAUCAGGAUGUAGUGUAUUUGGGAAGAAGAAAAAGCAGUGCAAAGACAAGUAUCUGGCCAAGCACAGCGCAAUUUUUGAUCGCCUGGAUCUGGUCUCAUAUGAGGAAGUGGUGCAACUCCCUGCAUUCAACAGAAAGACUCUGGUGCUUCUUGGGGCCAAUGGUGUCGGGCGAAGUCACAUCAAAAAUGCUCUGAUUACUAAACACUCUGACAAGUUUGCAUAUCCAAUUCCACACACUUCAAGGUCACCAAAGAACAAUGAAGAAGAUGGAAAGAGCUACUACUUUAUUUCCAAUGAUGACAUGGUGAAGAACAUUACCUCAAAUGAAUUCCUGGAAUAUGGAAGCUUCCAAGGGGCCAUGUUUGGAACAAAGCUGGAGACGAUCCGUAAGAUCAACGAAGGACAGGGGAAAAUUGCUGUGGUGGACAUUGAGCCCCAGGCCCUGAAAGUUCUCAGAACGGCUGAGUUCGCACCAUUGGUGGUUUUCAUCGCUGCUCCCUCCGCAACUCUGCCAGGCACUCAGGCUGAAUCUCUCAAGAGGAUCCAAAAGGAGUCUGAAAUCCUACAGCAAACCUAUGGACAUUGGUUUGACCUGACACUGGUUAACAAUGAACUAGAAGAUACAGUGCAAAAUCUGGUGGAGGCAAUUGAAAGUGCAUGCACUACAGCACAAUGGGUACCCGUUUCAUGGGUCUAUUAGUGGACCUUUGGAGAGUGGGUACAGGAAAUAAAAUGUACUUUUUAGAAUUCAUUUAAUCCCAAAUCAGAGUGCAGUUUGGAGCGGUCAUUUAUACCGAAAAACACCUCCACUAGCUUUUUAAGAGUUCAUCCAAUUGAUUCAUCUUUCUCCAGAGCCAUCAAAUUUUAUAUACUUUAAAAAAAGUGACUGUUAACUAAUGGGAUAUUUACAAUCGUAUUACUCAAAAUGUCAGCUGUCUUGCCUAGUGCAUAACUUGCGUUUGCUUUAAGUAGCUUUCCUACAGCUAUUGUAUGUGGCCCUUUAAUGUACCUGGCCUGCUAUUUAACUCCUCCCCAUCAUUGUAGUGAAUGACUCUUUUAGACUAUCUUCUAUGUUUAAUAUUGCAGCAUUUGCACAAAAUAGAGAACAAUAAAGCAUCACUAUUUCACCAGCA